UCGCUGUUUCCGGUCCCUGGGCGCCGUUUCCGGUUCCGGUGGCCGUCCCGGGGUCGUGAUGGGCGCUCACCUGGCUCGCCGUUACCUGGGGGAUGCGGAGACGGAGCCGGACCCUCUGCAGAUGCCGACCUUCCCACCCCAGCUGGGGCUGCCCGAGCGCCGGCCCCGCGUGAUGGUGGCCUCGGCGGAGCAGCUGGCAGAGGGCCGAGUGCCCCUGGAGCAAAGAGACUUCUGUGCCCACCACCUGCUGCGGCUGAUGCGUUGCCGCCGAGACGCCUUCCCCCUGCUCUGGCUCUGCAACGACCUGCGCCACCACUGGGACAGCUGCCAGCACCAUGACUACGUGAUGCGGAUGAAGGAGUUUGAGCGCGAGCGGAGGUUGCUGCAGCGCCAAAAGAGGCUGCGCCAGCAGGAGGUCACCAGCGAGUGACAGCAGCCACGGUGCCAGGGGACACCCCUGGGGGCAACCCCCCUGAAAUAAACCCAGCUGAUGCCUGGUA